AUGGGUGCUCUCAGAACGGUUGGUCUGGUGAUUCUGGGAAUCUCAGCGUUCACUUUUAUCGCUCUGUUUGGCAGGCUACCGGCCUUCAGAAAAACACCAGUCGCUUUUUUACAUCUGCUUCUGUGGGUGUAUCUACCCAAUGGAAUUGCUGUUGUCGACAAUCGCUUGUUCGGCGGACGAGUAGUGCGGUGCUGGACUCGAUCCGGCAGCUAUGUAUUGAAGGAGAAUCAUCCUUUGGUUCUGAUAUUCUUUAUAUCACUACUCGUGAUUGGCGAAGGGGUAUUUGUCCCAGCUGCAUGGCCUCGGCUGUCGAGCUCCCAUAAACUUUGGGUCCCCGGUGCUGUUGUAUUACCAUAUGUUCUGCUCUACAAGUGUGUAAUGACAAAGUCAUUUAUCACACCUGAAAACCACGAAGAAGAAAUGAAACGAUACCCAUACGACCGAGUCCUCUUCCACCCAGGACAUCGCUGUACCACCUGUGACUUCCUCAAGCCAGCGCGUAGCAAGCAUUGCAGUUUCUGCCAGGCUUGCGUGUCACGACACGAUCACCAUUGUGUCUGGCUGAUGAACUGCGUCGGAGCCAACAACUGCGUUUACUUCAUCUCGCUGCUGCUCUCACUUUCCGCCAUGCUGGUCUACGGAUCUUAUCUUGGCUAUUCCUUGCUUUCCGGGACCCUCGAAGAGCUAGUCCCGCCAGAUAUGAAGGCUGCCAUGCAAGGAUGGACGAUGUACUUCAACAUCUGGGGUAUUGUGAUUGCUGCCGAUCCCCGUAUAGGGACUGUCUUCCUCUUGAUGCUCAUGACUGCCCCGCUGGCGGGUGCUUUCCUAGCUUACCAUGUCUACCUGAUCUGGGCUGGCACAACUACCAACGAGACAUCCAAGUGGUCGUACUUGAAGGAUGAUGUUGAGGAUGGCUUUGUCUUCAAGACAAAGCGAAGUUUGAUAUUUGAAAACCCACUGCCAAUGACUCCCCAUGAUCAAGCGUGGCCGGUCCACACUGAUCAGAUUCUUAUCAUCGACGAUGAUCCUCCGACGGAAGGAUGCUUGCUGGCAUCUGACUCCAAUCGUAUCGUUCGUCGUCCUGGCCGCGAAGUACCACCCGAUCCGCGAUGGAAGCGACUUGACAGUAUGAGGGAUGUUGACAACAUCUAUGACCUGGGCUUCUGGGACAAUCUCCGAGAUGUGAUGGGACUGUCUGUCCGACGAACAAAGAAUAUACAUAGAUAG